AUGGCACGACCAAGCAGUUCACAAUAUGUGUCAAUCGACCCGACACUAAAAAAGCUGGCGCAACCAUUGAAUGCAUCAGACMCGGGUUUAGCCGCUGAGAUCGCCAAUGCUUUGUGUUUGCUCCUGGAUGACAAGCUGAAUGAACUCCAAGCAGCCGCUCUCCUGAGUUUACUGCAUCUCCGAGAGAAAGACAAGGAUAUUAUCGUGAUUUCAGAGUGUAUUCGUUCGCUGGCCGCGGCACAGGCAAAAGUCGAUGCGGCUGCAUUAAACAGAGUCAUUUCGGACCGAAACAAAGCUUGCGGGGAAUAUCUGGGUGGGCUGGCACGUUUCAGCCAUCAACAGCUUGCAUGUGAUAUCUCCGGAACAGGAGGAAAUGCAACGGCGAUCAUUUCCGUGGCUGCCAUGGCGUCCGUCGUCGCGUCGGCGAAGCUCCUCAUCGCCCAGCAUGGCUACUUGAGCGCUACCUAUCCAGCCCCCUCGGCCAACCCUGAGGACAUCAUCGCGGAUAUCAAACCGUACACUCCAUCCCUCGCAAACGUCACCGCGAAAUACAUUCCCGAAAUCUACAAGCACAGCAAUUAUUCGUUUCUCCCAGAGCGCAAUUUUCUUCCGCGAAUGCAGCAUGCCAAUCGCAUCCGUCUAGGACUGGGAAUCAGGACGGUAUUCGACCUAACGAGUACAUUGCUCCAUCCACUCAAUGCCGGCUGCGGCCUGGAGGCCCGAGUAGUCGGUGUAGCGAAUCCAGUCCUCGGCCCUGUUAUGGCACAGGCAAUUCGAGACAUGGGAGUUCGGAAAGCCCUCGUGGUCUGUGGGAACGACUCAAUGGAUAUUAUCAGUCCGGAGGGUUCAACCUCAUGCUGGAUGCUGACGGAUCGACCCGCCGAGGGCACCAGCCCCGGAAUACAGCACUUUCGCCUUCAGCCGGAGGACUUUGGGCUAUCGGAGAAUCCGCUGGCCAGCAUUCAGGCAGAAGGUAGUUCUCACCAGGAGGCUGGUGUUCUCUCGCAGCUUCUACAUAAUCAGUUGUCUGGCGACGACCCUGUUUUGCAGUGUGUGCUUAUGCAUGUGGCCGCGCUUUUUGUUGUUUCCGGGGUCUGUGGUACUUUGCAAGACGAUGGCAUUGCAGAGAGGGGUCCCUCUGGCGGUAAAUGGAAGGAUGGUGUCCGUCUCGCAAGGUCUUGUAUCGUGGGUGGUGAUGCUCUGAAGGCUCUUGAAGCCUUUGUCUACGUGACGAGUCAGUUAGAAUAG